ACGCCUAUUUUAUAUUGUCAUCACCGUCAUCCUUCAAAAGCAAAUGAAUUUUGGGAAGAACUCCAGGCGAGUAGCAAUGGAGGCACCAAGCAGCAGCGUGAAAGCUAGGACCGCCGCCGAACUACAGAUCGUGAAGCGAAAAUCGGGCAAGACUUAUGGUCAGAUAGCCGAGGAGACCGGCUUGACCAAUGUCUUCGUGGCUCAGCUCCUCCGGCGCCAAGCUCAGCUCAAGCUGGGGACGGCACCUCUGCUCCGGGCCGCCUUGCCCGCCCUGACCGAUGAGCUUAUUAACGAGAUGAUGCAGCCGCCACUACGUUCGUAUGACCCGAACUUGAUCCAAGACCCCGCUGUUUACAGACUGAACGAAGCAGUUAUGCAUUUUGGGGAGAGCAUUAAAGAAAUUAUAAAUGAAGAAUUUGGCGAUGGCAUGAGUAAUUCAGACUAUGGUCAAGGCCUUGUAGAAACGAAAUUGGCAUUUCUAUUUUCUAUUUACGUUUGUGGAUAUUUUUAUCUUUCUUUUCAGGAGAGGUCGUGUAUAAUGUCUGCAAUCGACUUCUAUUGCUCAGUGGAUAAAGUGAAAGGCAUUGAUGGGAAGGAUCGUGUUGUUGUCACAUUUGAUGGAAAGUAUUUGCCAUACACUGAGCAGACAACUGAGCAUAUGAUGUCAAGAUUAAGCAAGCAAGAUGACAAGGAUGGCAAACCAGAAUGAACUUAAUUCCCUGUUUUUAUGCAUUUCCUGGUCUUUGUCAAUAGUUCCCUAAAAUAAGAUAUAUUGUACUCCAAAUAACCUGAUGUUUGCUUCUUUGAUGGAAUAAGGAGGUGAUGUCAAUUUGUAAACAUGUGCUGUAGUUUAUAUACAGACGUGAUGGUUAAUGUGCCACUUGACUUAUACUUCUUUUUCGCAAGUAAUAAAUUUUGAUUUUGUUUUCUGGAUGGAUUUCACUUAAUUGUGCCUGGAAUAUCUUAUCAGAUAUCUGUGUGUUUA